GACAGGGAACGACCAAGAUGGCCACUGAAGCGAUCGAAACCAGCACGUUUCUGAAGGACAAAGCAGCCGAGAAGAGGCGGAAUUCUGCGGAUACCACAUGUGGCUUCUCUAUUUUCAGGGGCCCCGCCCUGCAGAGAUUUGCGACUGCUCACAUGUUCGUGAUUGUGUACGGGAUAGCUGGCUGCUUUCUGGCCAUGGCCUUCAGCUACUUCACCGGAACCAUCACGACGAUGGAGAAGCGCUUUAGUAUACCCACCAAGAUAUCGGGCCUCAUUACGGUGGGCAAUGAUAUAGGCACUGUUUUGUCGUCGGCCCUUCUGAGUUACUACGCGAGUCGAGGACAUCGCCCGCGCUGGGUGGCAUUGGGCCUCGUCAUUAUAGCCAUUUUCUGCCUCCUCAUGUGGAUCCCUCACUUCUUCUACGGGCCCGGCGAUGAAGCCCUGCGGCUGACAGAAGGAUACGGCAUGCCCGAAUCCUUUGCUGCUUCCCUAAACACGAGCAUCACCGACAAGGACGACUCACUGUGCCAUGAGAGGGAAUCGAGUUGUAUAGAAGAGGUUGGGGACUACACCCCCAUAGUGCUGUUCUUCGUUGCCCAGUUUAUAGGUGGAAUCGGCUGUUCCCUCUUCUACGCGCCAGGUGUCUCCUACAUGGACGACAACUCCCCGAGUGCCAAGAUCCCAGCUAUGAUAAGCUGGAGCUCGUUUCUGCGUAUGCUGGGACCUGCUAUGGGCUUCUCCAUGGUUUCCCUGUGCCUGCGGCUGUAUAUCGAUCCAUUCAAGAAGCCUCUGAUCACCACAAACGAUCCGCGCUGGAUGGGCGCUUGGUGGCUGGGCUGGAUUUUCCUCACCAUCUUCCUGAUGAUGUCGGCAGUGUUUGUGGGCAUGUUCCCCAAAGAAAUGCCAACUGCCAAGGCCAGGCGCUUGAAAGCUGACGGCCAUGAGGAUAUUCCGCUGGCGGAGCGCUCCUUUCAGGACAUGCUGGACUCCCUGAAACGACUGGCCUCGAACAAGGUGUAUGUGUACAACAUAAUGGGCUCGAUUCUGUUCUGUUUCGGCUACAUGCCGUACUGGAUAUUCACACCGAAAUACAUUGAGAUCCAGUACAGACAGUCGGCAUCAACUUCCACCUUGGUCACAGGAACCGUGGCGCUGGGAUUCUCUGCCGCAGGAAUUCUGAUCUCUGGAUAUGUGAUCUCCAAGUACAAGCCCAGUGCGCGGGCAAUGGCUGCCUGGAACUUCGUGGUGGAUUACUUGACAGUGGCUGGAAUGCUGUUCUAUGUGCUGGUGGGCUGCGACGACAGUGAUCGGGCUAAUUCCCUGUCCAUCGUGCCCACCGGUGACAGCUGCAGUGCCUCAUGUGACUGCGAGUACGUCUACUAUGCUCCUGUGUGCAGUCCGGAAAAUAUCACCUUUAUAUCCCCCUGCCACGCGGGAUGCACCGAGAAGGUCAUCGAUGCGCUGGGCAAGGCAAUUUACACUGGUUGUCGGUGCAUCGGCAACUUUUCCAGCCUGGCCUCUCUGCCCAAUGUCACUUCUCUGGCGUCCCAGGCGCAGAUCGCAAUGGAUGGAGCCUGUCCGGUGGACUGCGACAAGCAGUUCAUCAUCUUCCUGGCCAUCAUGUGCUUCCUUAAGUUCGUGGGCGCCACUGGGAGAUCGAGUAAUCUGCUCUUAACCCUGAGAUGCGUGCCCUCAACGGAUAAAACCUUCUCCUUGGGUUUCAGCAGCAUGGUGUUCGCCGUGCUGACCUUCAUUCCUAGUCCCAUUAUUUUUGGUUGGAUGCUGGACAGCUAUUGUCUUGUUUGGGGCAAGACCUGCAGCUCCAAGGGUAACUGCUGGAUAUACGACACAAAGUCGCUGAGAUACACCAUGAAUCUCGUGAGCGCCUCUCUGGUUUUCUUGGGCAGCUUCUGGAAUAUUGGGAUCUGGUAUCAUGCGAAGGACAUGAAAGUCUUUGAUGAAGAGGAAGAAGCUGUGCAGACCAAGCAGGUUGAUGGAAUAGAGCUCAAGGAAAAGCCCAGAGAUGCUACCAUUAGGAAAUAAAAGCUUUGUUUGAAAAUGUAUUUUACCGUAUUGUAUUUACUGUAUUUUAUGUGUAUUUUAGUUUUCGAAAAAGGUACGAAAGCAAUCCCCGUCAAUUAAAAGUUCUUAAAGUCUUA